AUGCUGAAUGUACAAAUUGAUCGAAAGAGUAUUGAAAACGUAUCACAGGCAGUAUUGACUUGCAUAACCUCAGACGAUCCGAUGAUUAUAUGUAUGGCGAAACAUGGUACUGAGUUUUGCAAUAAGCUUCCAGCUGCAUGUGCUGCACUUACUCAUUUACAAAUACCGCAAUACACGUUUGGUAUGAAAUUACCAGCUGCAAUCGCUGCUUGUAUAAGCUCAGAGAUAUUCAUCGGCUUCUGCAAGCGCCGAUAUGGUGCGGAACAGUGCUUAUCAUGGAGCAAGAAAUGUGCAAUUAUCGAUUAUAGUGGCAAUGUGAUAUUGACCACGGAUGCCAAGAACUGCAUGAUUACUCGAGGAUCUCUUUUAGUGAACCCGAUGGCAUUGUGCGUGACAAAAUACGGUGUUGAUUUCUGCGAUAAACUCCAAAUGGCUUGUUCAGAAAUCGUGGGUGUACCAAUAUUACCUAGAAAACCUGGCACUCUUCAACAAUUCUUAGGAACGCUGGGUAUAUGUAUUUCCACAGAACAUGUUAUUGCAAUGUGUUAUGCUCGCAAUGGCGUUGAAACGUGUACAAUAUGGAUGAAAGCUUGUAGCAUUACUGAUAUUUCGGUACCACUUACCGAGGAGCAGAAGUUGUGUAUGAAGAACAGUGAGUUUACGUUCUGCCAUCAGCUCUAUGUUCUAGGCUGA